AAAAAAAAACACAAACAUGGUAUAUCCACUGAUUGUGUGAGCUAGAGUUUGGCAGAAUUGAGAGACUAUCAGCCAAUAAGACACGAGUAUUUCCACUGUAAUCAAAUUAUAUAAAUGUAAAACGUAAUGCGUUACAUUACUGCUUUACCAGAAAAAGUCAUUAAUUUACAGUAACAGUAAUUACAUCCGAUUCUGCGGAUUAUUUAUUAUUAUAUCAGUUGCAGUUAAAGUAAUCCUGAAAGUCCUCAUCACCUCUGCUUCCCCAACAUAGGAAUAAAAAUUUACUUGAUUAAGUCUUUAUAAACAAUUACAUCUAUUACAUCUAACAAUUACUGGCGUACCCUUUUUUUUUUUCUUUUUUCUUUUUUUUUCCAAAAGGGUACAUUUGAUUUAUUUUACAUUUUAUUUUCCACACACGCCCCUUGUGACACAUAUAAAUAGACAGAUGGAUUAACCAAUCAGAUUGGACUCAGGGACCAACCGUUGUCCUAUCCGGAGCGACCCGGAAGCGCUUUUCUGGACCGAGCAGUCAGUCUAGUAGGCUUGACCUGUUAAACUGAGAAUUUCACUUCGGGACUACAUGAAUCACAGCUAAUUUAAAAGGAUGUCCUCAGGAGCACUCUUUCCCAGUCUGGUUUCGGGCUCACGUAACUCAUCCAGCAAAUACCUGGUGGAGUUCAGAGCAGGUAAAAUGACCCUGAAGGGCAGCACAGUGACUCCGGACAAGCGCAAAGGCACGGUCUACAUCCAGCAGACAGACGAUUCCCUUAUCCAUUUCUGCUGGAAGGACAGAACCACUGGAAAUGUGGAUGAUGAUUUGAUUAUCUUCCCUGAUGACUGUGAGUUUAAGAGGGUGAGCCAGUGCACCACUGGACGAGUGUAUGUUCUUAAAUUCAAGGCAGGGUCCAAAAGGCUGUUCUUCUGGAUGCAGGAGCCCAAAACGGAUAAAGACGACGAAUACUGUCGUAAAGUGAAUGAGUAUCUGAACAACCCACCGAUUCCAGGUUCUAUAGGCAGCGGGGGCAGUGGCAGUCAUGAGCUGUCUGCAUUGGGAGGAGAAGGUGGCCUGCAGAACCUCCUGGGCAACAUGAGCCAUAACCAACUCAUGCAGUUGAUUGGCCCAACAGGACUGGGUGGGCUUGGUGCUCUUGCAAGUCCUGGUUUGGCCAGUCUGUUAGGAAGUGGUGGUCCAGCCAGUAGCAGUUCAGCUUCCAGCUCCCGCAGCCAGUCAGCAGCUGCCACACCCUCCUCUGGAUCUGCUGCUCGUUUGAGCUCUACUCAAGCUCCCACCACCCCAGUGACCCCUGCUGUGACCUCUACAGACUCCCCAACGUUGACCCCUACGACCCCAGCCUCCCAGACCUCUUCAGUGGCAGCAGGAGUAGGGAGUCCAACACAACCCAUCCAGCUGAGCGACCUGCAGAGCAUCUUGGCCACAAUGAACGUGCCUGUCAUGAGUGCAGAGGGACAGGGAGUGGACCUGGCGAGUGUGGUGACUCCUGAUGUUAUGGCUCCUAUUUUGAGUAACCCUGAUGUACAGCAGAGGCUCCUGCCGUACCUGCCUUCAGGAGAGUCACUACCACAGAGUGCUGAAGAAAUCCAAAACACACUCACCUCACCACAGUUUCAGCAGGCUAUGAGCAUGUUCAGCAGUGCACUAGUGUCUGGGCAGCUCGGUCCUCUCAUGAACCAGUUUGGACUGCCCUCAGAAGCAGUGGAUGCAGCUAACAAAGGGGAUGUGGAGGCUUUUGCAAAGGCCAUGGAGAACAGCAGUGGGAAGACGGAGGAGUCCAGUGACCCCAAAGAUAAGAAGGACGAUGAUGAAGACAUGAGUCUGGACUAAUGAAACAAGUUAGUUUAUCAAUCCAGCUAGA